AUGGCAGUUCUACGUACAUUGAUGCUUACAAAAUCAUCGCUCCGGGAGGACCCGAACCAACUCGAUUGUCCUGCAGUCUGGGUGACGAUGCCAAAGUCAUACCGUGUGUUUACCGGUGCGCCCUCAAUUGCUGAUCUAAAUCGGGACCCAAACUCGUAUCAUUGGCGUACUGUCUCCUCAGCGGAGCUGUCAUCUCAUCCACUCCCUCCGGCAACCCUAGAAGCUGCGAGCCGUCGAAUUUCCCUGCUUUACCAAAACAUCAUCUUCCAUAAUGACAGCGAUGAAGAUGAUCAAGAGAAAAGCUUCAGCGGAGAUGUCCCUGAAAGGGGUGUAGAACUGAGCGAGGUACAAGAGCAGACCACUGCGAUAACAUGGCUUCCGACGCAAGAAAAUGUACAGAGUCCGACAGCAUCUAAGACAGGGACAACAUUUUUACAACGCACGUCCUCCAGGGUUUAUUCUCAGUUCGAGACUCAGGGAACGCAAGAGGGGACUUCAUAUAACUAUUCUGAUGCAUCAUCUAUUGCUCGAUUCCCUUCUUAUCAUUUUAGUUUGCAUGCCCUGGCAUCCCUUUCUUUCACUAUCUCUGGCUUACAAGCGCAAGCGGCACGAUCAGGUCCAUCAACCCGGAAACUCUCACAGAGAUGCACAAUCCUCGUUGCAGUGCUCGAAGUAGAAGGGCCAGAUACUAUACGGAUUAAGAAGGGUGUAGAGGCGGGAAAGGAAGUCUCCCUUCUCAGGAUGAUCUUGGGCAGCGAGGACGGUGCCAUCUGCAAGCUGACAGCAUGGCGCGAAGUUGCAGAAAGCUGGGGGGGCGCAGACCCUGACGAACCCACAACGAGGAUUAAGCGAGGGGACGUUGUGCAUUUGGAAAAUAUUCUUGCGUCCUGGUCUGCGGAUCAAGGUACUGAAACCGGCGAGGCAAUCCCGAUCACACUCACGGCUUCCCCCUACCUCAAGUCGAGGCUUGAGAUUUGCUAUCGUACCAUGCCCGACAUACCAGAGGACAGUCGCUUUCGUCCAGACUUGCGGCUGGGAUUCAGCGAUGCGGCCGUACGCAGGGUCGCCGCGGUGGUGCGAUGGUUCCAAGAGAUAGCUGGUCUACCUCUUCACUAA